UACUGUGGUCAGGUUAUUCCACCAGAGACUCAAUGUGUAGAGGGAGAAGAGGCGUAUCAUGAGGAGUGUAUCAAUGGAUGUAUUCCAAGACGUGACCAAGCAGUUGCUAAGUUCUUGAAGUACGCUUCGUAUGAUGGCCACAUCUUGUCCAUGGGAAUUCAUGUUAGCUACCUAUAUGGUGCAAAACAAGAAACAGACAGUAAAAAGAAAAGACAGAAGCGAGAACACAAAGCUAAUGAGCUGUUAAAUAAAGUAUCAGCUUUGCGCAACUCAAAUUCUGGGUCAAUAUUGAUUCAUCUCGUUGGGUUAGGAAAAGGAGAUCAGUUUACAGGUGCAUUUGAUGAGUUUGCCGACACCAAACUCAAUGCAUUGAUUCACGAUGGAAAAUUCUUCUCUGACGUUUAUAGGAAGCAAAGACUAAGUGAUCAUGAAGAAUGUUGUGAUUUCCAUGAUUUUCUUGUUCUGUUCGUGUCUGCAGCUUCAACUGUGACAACUUCCGACUUUAAAACCAAGGUAGCUCUUGAUGACUGCCUCCUGGACCCUACUGCUGAAGCACUUCGGACAUUUCUAAGGGAAAAGAAACAGUACAACGGUACAUUCCAUGCACUUCCUGGAAUUGACUCUGCAUCAGACUUAGCUAAAAUAAGGGAAAGUAGGUCAGUCCAAUUCAAAAGUCACUUUUUACAGAAAGUCAAAGAAGAUGAUAUAGUUGAUCACAUUUCUCACAAACUUCGUCUCACGGAAUAUAUAAGUGCGUUUGCCAAACUUGAAGAAGGUGGUUCUUAUUUGUUUGGCAUACAAGAGAAGAAUGUGAUCUAUGGUAAUUGUGGCUAUGACUCUAAGGUACCAGCUCUACAGCCUGUUAUAAUCACUGAUGAAACCAAAUUCAAGGAUCGACUAAAACAAAGGAUAAAAGAGAAUACCCUUGUUUGUGACUAUGACGGUAGGGAAUCAGACGAUACUGACGUAGCAGAGGUACGAUUUAUCCCUACGAGACCGAAUGUGGAGGAGACAAUCCAGAGGCCUUACGGUGAGCGAGAAACUGUUGAAGAGGCGGUUGUUGUUCACGUAUCCGUGAAGCCAGUGACAGGGAUUGUGUUCUAUGAUAAACAGGGGCCACUGGCAUACAGGUAUGACAAAAAUACCAAAUCAGUCACGAGAAUGAAUAUCACUGAAUGGUUCCACUCGUUUACUAGAUGUAGAGCCCCGGACACAAACUAGCACAGGACAAAACCAGAUAAAGCAUACGCAGCCCUGUCACCAUAAUGUGGAAGUUGUUGAAAGAAAUCGUGAAAGAGGAUGAAGGUGAAUUCACUUUGGAAACCAAUGACUUCUUUCGACCGAACCUGAAGCAGAUUGGAAACAGUGUAUUUGAUAUCAGGAAUUACUAUAUCCCUGAAGAAGGGGUCAACAUUAUUCCAACCAGCCUUGAAACACCAUUGAAGGAAGUUAAAGAAAGACUCUUAGAACUUUUUGACCUCUGUGCUUUUAACUUGAUUCGCCAUGAUUCAGCUAAAACCCCUGUCAGUGAAAAUGCUGUUGAAGGAGGUUUUGCAUUCAUCUCUAAAUCCCUGGCUCCCGUUUUGGAUAUCCCUACCUCGUCUCUGGCGAAUCAUAUCAGAUGUGAUGUGUUCAUCGCCCUACCGGGGCAUUCUGUCCUACUUCUUACCCUGGUGGAAGGGGACUCCUUAACGGAAGCCUUGGAGUAUAACAUGUCAGUGGCAAGAGGAGUGACACGAACACUCAGUAGAUUCAUGGACGAAUGUGUACACCCGGUACAUGGAGUACUGCCCGUCUCAACAUUAUACGACAAAGUAACCUUUGAAGCUCACAUAAACAAACUUGCAACACAGUCGUCACACUUCAUCACAAAGGACUCACUGCUUAUGAAUUCUACCAGGUAUUUCAAAGUCCUAAACGCAUUCUGGGCAGGAGUCGCAGAGACAAAAUGUGUGAAGACAGAGCCUGGGAAAGAAGAUGAUGAUAGUCUCAGAUUUCUUACAAGAGAACAAUGCAUUGUAUUAGUUGAGAAUAUCAACAACAACGAUGUUCAGGUGAUGUGUGGACGUGGUACUGGAGCCUCUACCCUGAUGCUGGAGGUGGCAAGGAGACUAAGCAGGUUGGGGGACACAUUACUUGUCUGUAAGUCAGAGGAAGAGAGGGACAGGCUAAGAAAGGUGUAUACGCCAACCGUGACAGUCGAUGAGCUCAGUACACUGGACUUGUCACCAUUCACAGGCAUCGUGGAUGAAACCAACGAAACAGAAACCGACCCCAGUUGUUCACACUGGAGAUUUACAAACAUUCAAGAGGAACUGAAAAACCUGAAAAUGCGUACAACAACAAUUAAAAGAGAGGUGGACAGCGUUAAAGGGCAGAUAGCUGUAUUGGAGAAUGAUGAAUGGGAAGGACAAAUGAACUUCCUUUUUGAAGAAAUGGACGUGUUAAGGAUGUUUUCUGUGAAAGUAAAGCACGUCAUGACUGGUCGAAAGAAGAAAUCACUUCAACACUCUCCAUUUGACGACCUUUCAUCGCCAGAGUGUGAUGGUCAGGACCUAAUGGCUAACAGGAUGAAACCUCUACUCGUUGAGUUUAAACAGAGAAUAUAUGGACAGAAUGACGUACUGCACAGUAUUAAAGAGUUCCUAGUUGAAGACAAGAUCCUCAUUGACUACUUCCAGACUAAAAUAGAAUCUUGGAAAAUGGAACAGUCGGUCUUUCAUCAAGACCUUUGGUAUGAUGAGGAUGAAGAUGAUUGGUAUUAUGAUGAUGAUGGUGAUGAUGAUGAUGAUGAUUGGGAGUAUGAUGAGGAUCAUCAAAGGAUAGUGAAGGAGUGGCGACAGAUGCAGGAGAGGCGGGAGAUGCUGGAGAGGCGAAAGAUCCGAAAGAUGCAGGAGAGGCGAAAGACAUGGGAGAGGCGAAAGAUGCGGGUGAUGCGAAUGAGGAAUGAGGAAAAUGUUAAGUCUCUGUUGUUGCGUGGUCACAACAGGUGUUCUGAAACAGGUAAAAGUGGUUCAAUAAAUAUUGCUGCCGAAGAGAAUUUUGCAAGUCUAGAAGACAUGAAUAAAGGCGACGAAUCAAAGGAAAUAUCUGAAGGCAGGAAGACAUCUUUCUCUCCCCAUUCAAACCAAUCAAUGGAUGUGGAUGCUGACAAUAAAAGAGACGACACGAUGACAGGGGAAGUGGAAGAGAUAUCGAAACAGUUGCAGGAUAUGAUGGAGAGGACCAAAGAUAUAGACGAGUCUCACAACAGCCUAGUUGAAGAGCCACCAAAGUCGAAGGAGACGUUGAGAGGUGGCAACAGUGCAAAUGAAGAACGGAACUUGAGAGCUGCAGAGACUCAAAUAUGGCUUGCAGACAUGGCAGAACAAGAGGAGAUGUUGUCGACCUUAGAGAAGGAACGAGACCUCCAAAAACAACACCUUCAUUCACUGUACUCUGUUCUUCCUGAUGAGUGGCUCACCAAAAUGCACUACCUGCACCUACACAAGGAUGUCCUGUCCCUGUACGGCAUAGAGCUGCCAGAGGCAAUCAAAGAAAUUGUGAGACCUGGACCUUUCCACAAACAGACGGCUAAGCCAGAGAUUUCUUCAGAAUUCGGCAACCACGAGCGACAUUUGACGAGGAGAAGUCAGAUUUUCAAGCUUCGGCUAUUUCAGCAGGGGUUGCUGAAGGAGAGAGACAUGCUUGACAUCGUAGGAAAUAUGAUUGUGGAUGAUGAAAAUCACCUCGCCUCUUUACAAGCUCUGAAAGGGCCAGUGUAUUUGGUUGGGCCAUCUGCUCUACAGAUUGUGUGUCCUGAACUACACCUGGACGCCGCACGAGCACCCACAGACUGGUACCACGUAACUAAAGACGGUGAGUUGGUCAACUCAUCACCCCUCACACAGUCACAUCAGGAGAGGCACAGGUUACAGGAGUAUUGUGGGACCUGUGCUUCCACCCCGAUCCCCUACUUCCACCCCACUCCACUCUCACCCCAGUAUACAGCACACCUAGAUACUGGGAGACACUCACCAGGUUGCGGCUGGUGAGGGAAGUGGGGAUGGCUUGUACUGGAGAUGGGGUGAGUGAGGCAAGCCAGGUGGACAGGGAGCGGUGGGUUUCUAAUCAGCGUCGCUCCUGGUGUGUCCGUGUAGAGAGAUGUUACAGACACCCAGGAAGUCUCUGUACCACGGUGUACAGGGAGAGGAAGCAGGGCGAGUGUCAGCAGAACACCGUGUCCCGCACUCCCGGCACACAGGCCACCCUCCACUAUGGCCUUGUGCUGGAUGUGGCGAGGGGAAGACUCGCAUUUAUCGACUUGAACAGAGAGAUUGUUUUAGCCAAGUUUGAUGAGAUGUUCACGGAAGACCUGUACCCCAUGUUUGGUGUUUGGCUGCUGCCAGAUGAAGUCACUGUCAACAUGAGGCUGGUCAGCGGUGGGGACAUCGACAUCACUGACACAAAGAGGUCUCUGAUUCACGAUGCGCUGACAUAGAAAACACACAAGACAUGAGACUGUGUGACGUUACCAGUGUAACUGAGAGACUAGCCGACGUUUCAAUAACCUCUACGUUACUCGGCGAAGCGGACAUAGAAGGGUCCGUUUCGUUUCCUGUUACAUGUUUACAGAAAGUAGCGAAGUUUGCUAAAUGUGAUGUUUUGCUGCACGAGGGGAUUGUACAAUGUCUACAAAGUAUUUAGAAAUACCACAUCAGUAUCUUCAUGUUGAAAUAAUUGAUAUUACCACCACCAUUAGGAGACAUUGUGCGAUGUUUUGAAAUCUGAUGUGAUGAAAAUAUGUGAUGUCAGGUUUUACACAAAAUGUUUCACAUAGCAAUGUUUUCUAUUUCACUUCACUCUUCUGGGUAUUAUAAAUGUUUUGAAUCCUCGCAUUAAUAGUUUCAUGAUCAUAUUCGUGUUGUUGCCGCUUAAACUAAGUUGUUAUGUUAAGCCAUAAUGUUGUUUUCUAAUGAAUGUCAGGGUUGGUUGAGUUGAGAGCACAAAACUGAGAUAUGUUGUUUCAAAGUACAGUUUUCUGUAUACCAUUUCACUAAUAGUUUCAUGAUCAAAUAUAUGUUUUUGCAACUUAAAAGUGACAUAUUAUGUUGUUUUCUGAUGAAUGUCGGACUCUAAACUGGUGAGAACUCUAGACUUAGUUGUGUAUUUCGCUCAACGUGCCUGUAUAUCACAAAGCUUUCACUCUAGCAGAGACAGUUUUAUGUAUAUUUCUUGAGCAGCUCUUAUCAUGACACAGUUUGUAGUUCUCUGACAGACGAUAUAAUCUGUACACGAGAACAAAGAUUGAUAAAUAAAGUGCUUGUAAAAUUGC